GUAUACAAAUCGUGAAAAAAUGCGGAGAAUGGAAAUUUGUAUGAAUUUAUAUGCUGACACCGCGAUAUCGUAACGCCACGUACUCAUUUCAUCUAUACCUGUAUAAAUAGCGCCGCUAAAGUGGGAAAAUGUACACUUCGUCUGAUACCAAAUGAAAGCACGUACAAACUGCCAUCUACCAAUUCUUCACAAGUAUAAACUGUUUUUCGAAUCUAUAGUAGUUAUUUGAGAAAUAUUCAGUAAUUUUAAAAUACAUUAAAAGCCUCAAUCAAAUAUAAAAAUAUGAAAACAAAGAUCGACAAGCCGAUCAUGGGAAGCAAGGUAACAACGAGUACUACAGCAGCCGUGUUCAUUUUCGUGGGAUUAGCAAUUGCCGAGGCAUGCGAUCAUCGGAUAAAACGAGAAACAACCGAAAUGGUGGCAUCAAUUGAAUUCAAGUCAUUCGAAGGUCAGCAUGGAACAGGAUCUUUGACUUUUAUCCAAUUUUCAUCGUGUGAAAAUGUCUUAUCACAUGGUAGCUUCGAAAAUUUGGAUAAUGGAACCUACAUUGGUCUAAUACACCAAGGCCAGAAUAUCGGUGUGCAUUGCAACAAAGUGGGGAAAGCAAUCGCUCUUUUUAGUGAGAGAGAAGAACAACCGCAGCCUUUGGUGGCAAUUUCUGAGUUCCCUUAUUAUCAAGAGCCCGGCGUUUCCGGAUUUUCAGAAUACGCAUCAAUGGAAAGACGUAACAGGAAUUCCAUCAUUGAUCGAAUUCUCGUAAUUCAUCGAGUACCAUCGAACAUCCAAUAUUUUUACAACGAGGCUUUGAAUAACGGACAUCACGCGUCUAGUAUCAUGUGUGGUUUGAUCACUUCUGCCACAGAACGAAAAAAAGCGGAUCUUACAUACAGAAUCGUCCGUGGAAUCCAACAUAUAAUUCGUUGGUUAUGGAACAAUAGGCUCAGCGUAGCAAAUAAGUUAGCUCAAUUCAUUGUCAGUCUGUCUUCUGACUCCGAGAAGUUCUGACUCAGCGAAUGAUCGAGCCAGUGAAAAAUUGUAUAUAAAAUAACAUUAUCCCUGAUGGCCAACACAGGAAUUUUAAUGAACAAUCAUUGGCCAUUGGUGGAAUAAUAUAAUAACAAAAAAUUCAAGAGUCUCAGUAUAAUUGUCCUGGAAAAUCUUUGUUAAUUAUAUUUCACAUUUUAUCUUGAAGUUUUCAUAAAUCCUCAUCUCAAUACAGGAAUCCAACUUGAAUGAAUUGUCAUUUCUGUUAAUAAAUGUAUAAUAAUUAAUGUAAUUUAA